GAAGAGACACGGCACGAGAGAGAGAGAGGAGUGGAGAGCACGAGACCGUCGUUAUGCGGAAUAACAAAAAGAAGCGCUGCUUUUGUUCUUCAUUAAAGCCAAAACAAUGACUAGUGACAGAGGAAGCGUUCUGAUGAUCUGUGCACUGUUCCUGGCUGCUGUCGCGUGCAGAGGACACACCUUCGAUAAGAAAGUUGCCCAGUUGCUUCGUGAGGAGCCGGAGAACAUUAAAUGUUUUGCUGAGAGGAUGAGGGACCUGACCUGCUUCUGGGAGGAAGGGGAAAGCAGGAACAGUUCCCUCCAUCAAUACACCUUCACCUACACCUACCAAUACAGGAAUGAGAACAGCAGUGCGUGUGAGGUGUUUGAGAUGCCCAUGCUGGCAGCGAGGGGGAGGAGGCUGUUCUACAGCAGGCUGCCCCGAAUCGAGUUUUUUGCUCAGCUCCACCUGUGUGUGUUUCGAGGAGGAAGAGAACUCUAUAAUCGCAGCCUCUUCAUCGACCAAGUUUUUCUUUUGGACCCUCCUGCCAAUGUAACUGUGGUGAAGACCGGGCAACGAGGGCAGCUGAAUGUCACCUGGCUGCCACCUGCCCUCAAGUAUAUGGAUGACAGUAUGAUGUACGAAGUCAGAUACGCCAUGGAGGGGAACCCAAUGAGGAAGGAAACGGUGAAGGCCACCACAAAGCUGACGCUGCGCGGCCUUCAGUCCAGCAGCAAAUACAAAGUGUUUGUCCGUGUUAAACCUGAUGGAAUCACCUAUAAUGGUUACUGGAGCGCCUGGUCGGAUCCUGCGUUCGGGACUACUCCCCCAAGUGACUUGGACCCCGUGAUUGUGGUACUGGUACUCGUCAUCAUUUUGAUCUUUUUCCUCCUGAUACUUUUUGUGCUUGUGUACCAUCGCAAAUCCCUGUUGAAGAAGCUGUGGCCUGAUAUCCCUUCACCUGAGCACAAGUUCCCUGGUCUCUUCAGUGUCUACAAGGGAGAUUUCCAGGAGUGGUUGGGUCACAGUAACAGCAGCACCCGGCCAAUCCAUGCCUUCACCGAGGAGCUUCCUUCUCCUUUGGAGGUGCUUUCCGAGACAAGUCUGGCAGCGCCAUUGCCCAAUCACUUAUCUCCCCCAAGACCAGCAACCACGCCUAGAGCCACUGGCCUUCUCAGAGAGGACUCAGAUACCACAGAACAAGGGGAGGAGCCGUUACAGUCGAGAGAUAUGGACGCAGGGUUACUCGACAGAUGGAAGGAACCUCCCCACACUCACUGGUUGAUGGAGCAGCUCAGGGCCCUUCAGAAACAUCCACAGGCUCUGUCUCAAUCAUCACUCCUUGAGUCGCAAGACACUUACGUCACCCUCAAUCAGAACUCUCAACACGCCAAAGAAGAAGGACGUCAAGAAGAUGACAUCUUGGAGGAGUCACUGCCUCUACAGGCCCUCUUUGCCAGCGGAGAUACCUCGUUAUCUGCUGCCUCCCAUUCGGAUCUCGGCUCUCUCCAGCAAAGCUCUGGGUCGGGGAGACUCUCCUCACAGUCGAGCUUCGAGUAUCCCAACCACACGUGGCCGCCGAAAGGGCCAGGAUAUACUUACAUGGCUGUGGCGGACUCAGGAGUCUCUAUGGACUACAGUCCAAUGAGCUCCAGCAUGGGCAAAGGCGUUGUCUACGCCAACGAGUACAUUCUAGGGCACAGACGACCACUCUCCGGCCAGCAAGUUCACUCGUAGCAUUGGUAGAAGAAUGAUUCUGUGAAACAUCAAAAAUGACAGCAUUGUGCUGAAAAGCUCAAAUCUUCAGCAAUCACUGAGUGCAGCAGAAUCUUCCAGAAGAAUGGAAUUUCAUAUGCAAGAGUAUCCGAAAAGAUCCAAGAAGGGUUAACGGAGAGGUGAAGCGAGCACGGAAGUCCACAACAAAUAUGCCUUUGUUUAAAGGACAUUGUAAUUCGAUGAAUGUAAAAAUCUCACAGAGGCAGAUAAAUAAUUAUGCCUGGAACAAAUAAGCUAAUUACUUUCAUCCACCACGUUUUUUGGGCAGCUGUUGAUGGUGUUAAACUAUGAUAUUGUUGAUUUUGCGUAUGUCUGUACAACAUAAUACAAGUCAAGUGGCCUUAGAAAAAGAUUUUUUAAAUACAUUUGUAUUGAACUUAUGUUGUUAAUCGUGGGUGGUUGAUAAAAUUUGAUUCUUUUUUCCAGAAACGAAAAAAAAAAAAAAGCUUUUUAGCCACCCAAACGUUUUUUUUUUAGGGUUGUGCGUCAAUGUUUUCUGUUGGUCACCCAAAAUAUCAGCUGUUGUAAAAAAAAAAAAAAAACUGUAGGCGAUAUUUUUUGGCACUAUUUGUCUCAGUUAUGUCUGCAACAGUAUUAAAAAAAAAGUAUUGCUCUCAACAGUAUUAAAUUUUUACAUGAUCUAUUAUUACAUCUCAUUGUCUUUAACAAGGCUACGUUCACACAAUAGGUAAAACAACAGUGUAAAACAACAGAGCGGGGUCAGCGGAUGCUGAGGAGCAUAGUGCACAGAGUUCACCAACUUUCUGCAGAGUGACUACAUCACUACACACCUCCAAACUUCAUGAAUCUUCAGAAUAGAUCAAGAACAGUAGAGCGUAGCAAGGUUUCCAUGGCUUUUCCAUACUUUUGGCAAUACAGUGUAAAAUUAUGUAAAAUAUAGGAUUUGGGCCACUUUCAUUCGCUGUGUGAACAGAGCCUUAGAUCAGUUUGCUUUAUUUGUUCAAUUCCAAAACUGUUGCCUAGUGCAGCAAAGCUGUGUACAUAUCCUCCAAGCACUGUCCUUAAGGCCUGUAACAUUAAACUUUUCAGUAUCACUUUAUUCGGAUGGUUUAUUAUAGAUGACUCAUAGAUUCUCAACUAAAAUUCCCUUAACAUUAAAUUGUAUGUCGUUUAAAUGCAACUGAACUUUAAUGAUUAUCAAUGAUGAUAUUUAAUACAACCCUACAGCUUACCCUAAACUAAAACUCUAAUCUUAGCAUUUUAGGGUUAGAUUUUAAGGUUUAGAUUAAGGCAUAGGGCUUGAGAGUUUGGGUUUAGGGUUAUGUUACAUAGAGAAUCUUUAAGACUCAACUAAAAGUUAAAUUGCAUUUAAUAAACAUUUAGAUUAAUGUUAGCUGAGGAUCUAGGAGUCAUCGACAAUGAACCAUCCAAAUAAAGUGUUACCAAGUUUUCUUCUACAAUACAUAAUACACCACUGUGCCAAAAGUCCUGGGAUAGCAGUAUGUAUAUCAAUCAAGUGUUUGCUUAGGGGACUAUCCCAUGAGAUUUGGCAUGUCAGUGUAAAUAUAAUUUUACAAAAAAAAAAAAAGACAAAAA